UCUUUCAUCUCUUUUCCCAACAGCCAACGACUAUAACAUGAAAGGCCAGUGAGUUCUCUGCGGCAGCGAGCGGCCGGACUUACCCGGUUUUAUCUUAGCUGCCCGGUAAUGCUGGGUAUUAUAUUUACGCAAUAGAUUAAAAAACGUCUUUCAGGUUAAGUAAAAAUGGCGAAAAGGCAAACAGAAAGACAGGCUAUAGAGCGCAUUGCGACAGACACUUUAAAACAAGAGGAAACCAAACCGAAGGAGGGAUAUGUCCCAAAAGGCCUGUCUUAUUCUGGCAGGGGCUCUGCUCGGAUGUCGCUUCUCCUUCUGGUCUCCAUAUUCUCCUGUGCUGCCUGUAUCAUGUACCUAGUGUACAGAAAUUUCCCACACAUGAGCGAUGAAGAGUGGGAAAAAAUGAAAAUUCCCAAAGACAUGAAUGAUGCCAAAGCCUUGGGCACAGUUCUGUCCAAGUACAAGGAUACUUACUACACUCAAGUAUUGAUAGCCUAUUUCACCACAUAUGUCUUCCUCCAGACCUUUGCCAUCCCUGGCUCCAUCUUUCUCAGCAUCCUGUCAGGCUAUCUUUACUCCUUCCCACUAGCAUUGUUCCUGGUUUGCUUGUGCUCUGGACUUGGAGCCUCUUUCUGCUAUAUGCUCUCCUACUUGGUGGGCAGACCUGUGGUCUAUAAAUACCUGACGGAGAAGGCAGAGAAGUGGUCUCAGCAGGUAGACAACCACAGAGAGCAUCUUAUUAAUUACAUCAUAUUCCUGAGGAUCACUCCCUUCCUUCCCAACUGGUUUAUCAAUAUCACAUCCCCCGUCGUUAAUGUGCCUUUAGGGCUCUUUUUCCUUGGCACAUUCCUAGGAGUGGCGCCUCCAUCUUUUGUGGCCAUCAAUGCCGGGACCACGCUGUACAAGCUGACCACAGCAGGGGAGGCUGUGUCCUGGAACUCUCUGCUGCUGCUGGCUGUACUUGCCCUUCUCUCCAUCCUGCCUGUGUGCUUCCAGAAGAAGCUGCAGAAGAAACUAGAAUAGUCUGUCCUUGUUUGAGGUUCAGAGCACAUUUUCUGAAGGUUUCUGUCCUUCACCAGCCUCACAUGCCAGAUGAGGUCGCCAGGCAAAGUCCAGUGCUCAGGUCCAUAGUGCACUAAAACAGCUAUUUUCACUACAAAGGCGGCCAUUACCUCGAGUCUCCAUGAAAAUUAAUCUGCUUUUUCCAUAGUCCAAGGUUUUAUCUUUCAUUUUUAUUAAUCUAGAUUGGAACAGUGUGUUUCAAUUAUGGGAGACAAAACUUUUAAUAGCUCAAUUUCUGUUUUGUUCUAUGGAAUUUUAAUAAUACUCUGACUAAGCAAAGCACCUCCUACAGCAGGGGUCUCCCAACUCUGGUCCUGGAGAGCUACAAUCCAGUAGGUUUUCUGUCCUACCCGGCUUCUGAUGAGCUGCAUCUGCUCUCAGGUAAAUACCAGGAACAGGUGUGGCUCAUCAGAAGCCAAGUGGGACAGAAAACCUACUGGAUAGUACAGUAGCUCUCCAGGACUGGAGUUGGAGACCCCAGUCCUACAGGCUGCUGAUUUUUUAAUUUUUUAAUUCUAAGUUGUGCCUUAGAAUGUGUGCUACGCUGGUUAACUAUGAAUGUUACUAUGACGUACAUCUGUUAAUAUUACAUAAUUUUUUGUCAAAUUUAUUUAUUUUGAGGUACAACAGUAAAAAUAUAGAAUUACAAUUGCUUAAUCUGUGUUGCUUAUCCAUCCAUUGUGUCUUCAUGAAUCAUUGAAGGUAUAACUUCAUACUGUUCACCAUUACCUUAUAUCAAAUUCCAAUUUUUUCUCUUGGUAUGUGAUUAAUUGAAAAUGUGGUAAUGAUCAAGGUACUUGUAUAUGGCAGUGUCAUGAAACCUCACUGCUGCUAAAUGACUGGUGUAAAACAAGAUCCACUGCCUGCUUUCACAUAGUGCACUUGAGAUAAGGAAAAAUAGCACAGGUAAAAUAUCUUUUAGAAUAAGGACCGGUUGAUUUGAAAAAAUCUUUACUGCAAUUUUAAAAGUUAAAACUCUGCUAUUUCUCAUUUUUCCAAAUGGGGCGCAGUAGUGCAGGAAUAUUGUAUACGCCUCACUGUUUCAUUAAGAUUAGUCCUCACUGGGCAGACGUUUGUUGCACUGUAGUUUUUGGCAUUAUUUUAAUGUUUGUUAGUUUCUGGCCUUUCCCACGAUUCCACUUUUUUGGGGAAGUCUUUGUCCUGCACAUCCCGACCCUUCCCAAAGGUAAGCUUCUUAUUUUUUUGAUAUGUGACCCUCCAGCACAAAACCGUACGGAAGUCGUAUUUUUAGAUAUUUUUUGAGGAUUUUUUUGUGCUCUUUCAUUUGAUGCCAUAAUCCUAAUUUCUAAUUUUUAACCCAAGUGUACAGUUUUAUGCUGGAGAGUCACAAUAUCACAAAGAGCUUUGUUUUUGCUCUCGAGCAGAGCACGCGGGGAACGGUGACGUUAGCGCCGCGAGCGCCAGAAACUGCUUCGCGCUUAGAUCUACGGUUCUUCGCGCGACCACCAUCGAUAAUCAGCGGACGAGGAACGUGCGGCUCGCGCCCGGAGCGCUUUCCUGACGCGCGCCCCCGCCCACUCUCUGUGCAGUACGGGCGGCGCUUUCCCCCCCCCCCCCCCGGGCUGUGUUAGACAGCACGUGUCGCUGAACUCGGGGGUUACCUUCCCUCAUAAUAAUAAUAAAUAAAGUGUUUUUGGUAUGGUA